AUGGACAUCAUUCUGCAGCCUGUCUGGGGGCUGGUGACCUUCGAGUUGGUGGCUGUGUAUUUCACCAGGGAAGAGGGGGCUCUGCUGGACCCCACUCAGAGAACUCUCUACAGAGACGUCAUGCAGGAGAACUAUGAGUAUGUGAUCUCGCUGGCAGGUGAUGCAAUGCUUUGUGAGAAGGAGGAGCAGAAUUCUCAGCAGGAAAAUGUUGAGCAAGUGGAAAAACACAGAGCAUUAUCGCAAAGAUCGAAAAGGAAUGUGUCCAGGGAUUAUGAGCAGGGAAAAUCCUGUGAAAUUCAGCACAGACCAGAAACAGAGCAGAGAAACCAGCCAGGGGAGAAAGCGGGUAAAUUUAUUUCCUGUUGGGGAACUCAAAAGGGCCUCAAGGAAACCAUAGCACAGCAGGAAAUCCUCAGGAGAAAGAGAAAAAAUACAUGCACUGAGUGUGGGAAAAACUUCAUUCACAAAUCAAGCCUUUCUGUUCAUCUGAGAAUCCACACGGGGGAGAGGCCCUACGAAUGCCAUGAGUGUGGAAAAUGCUUCACUAGCAGCUCAUACCUUUCUAAACAUCAGAGAAUCCACACAGAUGACAGGCCCUACGAAUGCAGAGAGUGUGGGAAAAGAUUCACUCGCAGAUCAGGCCUUUUUCAACAUCAGAGAAUCCACACAAGGGAGAGGCCCUAUGAAUGCAGUGAGUGUGGGAAAACCUUCAAUCGCAACUCGCAUCUUCUUAGUCAUCAGAGAAUCCACACAGGAGAGAGGCCCUAUGAAUGUGGUGAGUGUGGAAAAUGCUUCACUAGCAGCUCAGCCCUUUCUAUUCAUCAGAGAAUCCACACAGGGGAGAGGCCCUACAAAUGCAGUGAGUGUGGGGAAAGCUUCACUCACAGAUCAGGCCUUUUUCACCAUCAGAGAAUCCACACAGGGGAGAGGCCCUAUGAAUGUCAUGAGUGUGGGAAAACCUUCAAUCGCAGCUCGCACCUUAUUAGUCAUCAGAAAAUCCACACAGGGGAGAGGCCCUAUAAAUGCAGAGAGUGUGGGAAAAACUUCAUUCACAGAUCAGCUCUUUCUGUUCAUCAGAGAAUCCACACAGGGGAAAGGCCCUAUAAAUGCAGUGAGUGUGGGAAAACCUUCAGUCAAUGCUCAAGCCUUAUUAGUCAUCAGAGUAUCCACACAGGAGAGAGGCCCUAUGAAUGCAGCGAGUGUGGGAAAAACUUCACUCGCAGAUCAGCCCUUUGUGAACAUCAGAGACUCCACACAGGGGAGAGGCCCUAUGAAUGCAGUGAGUGUGGAAAAAGCUUCACUCAAAGAUCAGCCCUUUCUGUUCAUCAAAGAAUCCACACAGGUGAGAGGCCCUACAAAUGCAGUGAGUGUGGAAAAUGCUUCACUAGCAGCUCAGACCUUUCUAAACAUCAGCGAGUCCACACAGGGGAGAGGCCCUAUGAAUGCAGUGAGUGUGGGAAUACUUUCUCUUGGCACUCAGCCCAUGUUAGCCAUCAGAGAAUCUGCAAGGGAGAUCAACACCAUAAAAACCUGUAG